GUAAAGUAUGGCGAAACCCACUGAAUCUGUUCCGCGGUUCAGAGUAUCAGAGGUUCACGUGGGCCACUGGCAAAGAACCACUCACCUACUACGACAUGAAUCUCUCCGCUCAAGAUCAUCAGACAUUUUUCACCUGCGACACGGACGCAGGAAAACAGGAAUAUGAAGUUAUGCAGAUGGCAUGGAGAGAAAGAAGUCCACAAGCAAGGGUGAAGGCAGCCAAGGAAGCCUUGGAGAAAAACCCAGAUUGUGCCCCAGCAAUGAUUUUAUUAGCAGAAGAAGAAUGCAGCACUAUACUAGAAGUGGAGAAGAUGUUUAAACAGGCCUAUAAAGCUGCAGAGACACAGUACAGGAAGAGUCAACAGACACAGCACUAUGGGACACAGUAUGAACAGAAUCACAGGCGAGACACCAAUGUGAUGAUCUACAUCAAGCGUCGUCUCUCCAUGUGCGCGCGGAAGCUGGGGAGAACCAGAGAGGCCGUCAAGAUGAUGAAAGAUCUGAUGAAAGACUUUCCUAUGUUUAACCUGUACAAUAUCCAUGAGAAUCUGAUAGAAGCUCUGUUAGAAAUGCAGGCCUAUACGGAUGUGCAGGCAGUUUUAGCUAAGUAUGAUGAUAUAAGCUUGCCCAAGUCAGCCACAAUAUGUUACACAGCUGCUCUGCUCAAAGCACGACAAGUGGCAGACAAAUUUUCUCCCGACAUAGCGUCCAAGCGCGGGCUGAGUACGGCGGAGAUGAAUGCAGUGGAAGCCAUACACAGAGCAGUGGAGUUUAACCCACAUGUGCCAAAAUAUUUACUAGAGAUGAAGAGUCUUGUCUUGCCUCCGGAGCAUAUUCUCAAGCGGGGAGACAGCGAGGCAGUCGCGUACAGUUUUUUCCACCUCCAGCACUGGAAGAGGGUGGAAGGGGCCCUGAAUCUGCUACACUGUACAUGGGAAGGGACUUUCCGUAUGAUUCCGUACCCACUAGAAAAAGGCCACCUGUUUUAUCCCUACCCUCCCUGCACAGAGAAUGCAGAUAAGGAACUACUGCCAGCUUUCCAUGAUGUUUCUGUCUACCCAAAGAAGGAACUCCCUUUCUUCAUCCUAUUUACUGCGGGGCUGUGUUCAUUUACUGCGCUCCUUGCAUUACUCACACAUCAGUAUCCCGAGCCAAUGGGAUAUGUUGCCAAAACA